AUGAGGAUGGGACGUUGUUGUGACGAGGUUUGGAGGAGUUUAUCCUGGUACCGGUAGCGGGCCUGUGACGUAGUCUGUGACGUCAUGAAGACGUGUUGUGGAUGCUGCAGCCUCUACACAGGCGUCAUCAUUACUGCUGUUUACUUCAUGGUUUUCAACGCUGGCGUUGCAUUCUGGGAGUGGACGAAUAUCAACAGAUUACGUGAACUAAACUCCACAGCCGACGAAGACCUCAUCACACCGUCCAUCUAUGGCAUGUACUGUGAGAUGGCAGUACUCGGAGUGGUCGGGCUCUUAUCCAUUGUGCUUCUCUUCACUAACAUAUUGAACAAGCGGGCCGCCAUGUUCCUGUGGAUAUUCGGCGUCUCUGUACAGAUUAUUGUGGAAUUCUGGCUGGUAACGAUCAUGUAUGUCUUCUUCUUGGAGAGGACGGUAGAUUGGAAACCGAUUCCACUUAUAGACAACAAGAUUCUGUCCUUCAUCGGAGGUGGUUUCGCCCGUGGGAUUCUUCUCGUUAUCAAGUGCUACUGCCUGCUAUGCGUGUCUUGGCGGACGGGCGAGCUGAAGAGAAGACAAAAAUACCUGGAGGAGAACCAGAUUCACUUCAGACCGGGAGGCGGUGACCCCUACACGGACCCGUACAUCUACCGCGGCACGGCACCUCCCAACUACGCCCCUCCCGGCCGUCCCGGGUACUUCAACUCACGCCCUCCGCCGAGUAUUGACGAAGAGUCGCCUCCAUCCUUCACUAGCGGCUCGGAAAUCAAGAUUCCGCGCCCGAAAGUCUACCGGUGACGUCUACAACCGUUUUGAUGACGCACGUACCACCGUUUUGAUGACGUCAGGUCUUAAAGUAAAACUGAGCUCUUCUAUAUAAAAGAGCAUCAAAUGGCCUCCGGGAUUGAGGCCUUUAUCGGAGAAUUAAGACCUGGUGAACUUAAACAGUGCAAUACAACUGUAUAAGUUUUAAACUGCUCUAAGAUCCAGGUUUGAAUGCCCAUGUAAAUCACGAUGUGUCUAAAUGUCACAUGUAUUACAGAGUGUACAGUGAGGCAUCAGAAGAUCUCGUAUUAAAGAUAAUCGACAAGAUACACAAACCGUCAUCAGAAAGUAGUAACUAUACACAAGGGACCGACAAUGGUAUCGGUUAAUUGAUGUACCAUAGGAGCAAUUCAUUGCUAUAUCACCGUAGCUAUGUGAUAUCUCGAAAAGUCGUUUGAUGUACAAAAUACAUAAUUUUUGGUUGAUGCAGAUGUUUCUACUGUGAAUGAACGAAAGUUAAAAGUUUAUUUAUUUCACGUAAAGUUAGAAGUAGGCACAAUAGAAAGUUAGAAAAUCAGAACCAAGUGGAAAUGAUGACGAAAUGAAUGAGUUGUUGCUCCUUGUAUCACUGUUACUGAAAACACAGUACUAGUGGGAUAGAUAUUAUGCGACGAUUCAAAACGUGUACUGUGCUGUGUGCAAGUCAAUGUUAACGGUUUAUAUUAUGUGUUUACUCAUACUGCUAGUAGAAAAUGUGAUUUCGUCCGCGUGAUGCAAUGUCUGUCAUCGUUCCACCUGUAACUACAGUUUUCAGUGAAAAAAAAAUCAGAGUGUAGUUUAUUAUAUCAUUGAAUGUUUGUGUGCAAUAAAGUAAACAAGCGGCGUAUAUCAUGGCUAUG